GAGCCACCGAAGCCAGCGGAGCGCCGCGGUGCAGCAGGGCUCCCGACUGCCUGCCCCGGGCUGCCCACUGCCUGACUCGCGUCGCAUCUCACCCGGCCUGUGGUGACACGGGUUUAUUCUGAACCUGAAGCCCUGCGGUGCGUGUUUGCCCGUACAUUAUUUUCCUCCGCCUACAGCGAGACGGCGUAUCCGCUUCCAGGAGGAGGCUGAGCCAGUAACGCGCCGGUGGAAGGAGUGGGAGGGCUCUACGGUGUUUUCGCUGGGUGGAAACAUAGGAAAUAAACAGUGAACGGCCACGCCGCCCACCGAACGAGGCGAGGCGCGCAUCAACAAUUUCGCAACCGCCGCCGCUGCCCCGUUUAAAUGUACGGAGGAGCCGGAGGAGAGCAGACAGCCGCAGACACACGGAGGACUGCUGCUUUCACCCGACAGACGAACUAACAAAAGGCACAAAGGAGCAGCUUCCCUUCACCUCCAGCUCCUGCAUCAUCCCACACCAGUCUGUCCACCGAUCACUCAGAGGAGACCUCCAUCAACCUCUGGUAAGACAGCAAACAAACCCACCCUCAAAAUAUCAAAAUGGAUGACCAUGCUGCCACCAGAGGGCUGUGAAGUCGUGGACGGCGGUGAACCGUCAAUCAUCGGAGCCAGCUGUGCUUUCCCAACUUCACUUGGAGCUCUGCAACAUUUCUGCUAGAUCGGUUUGUUUUUGACUGAGGUUCUCUAAAAAUAUCGGCUGGUGAGUAUAAUAAUAGAGGGGACCACCUGCCCACCGUUCCAAAAUGGAGACUCUUUCCCAGGAUUCGAUUCUGGAGUGCCAGAUCUGCUUUAACUACUACAGCCCGCGCCGGCGGCCCAAACUCCUGGAUUGCCGACACACGUGCUGCUCGGUGUGUUUAACCCAGAUGCGCAGCAGCCAGAAGGAGAUUCGCUGUCCUUGGUGCCGUGGCGUUACCAAGCUCCCGCCAGGUCUGUCCGUCUCCCAGCUCCCGGACGACCCGGACAUCAUCACUGUCAUUGCCAUCCCUCAUGCUUCUGAGCACACGCCCGUCUUCAUCCGCCUCCCCAGCAAUGGCUGCUACAUGCUGCCUCUGCCCGUUGCCAAAGAGCGGGCGCUCGGCCUGCCAGGGGAGCUGGGAUGUCGCUUCCUGCCUGGCAGCCAGCAGAAAGGGGUCACCGUGGUGACCAUGCCUGAGCAGCAGCCUCUGGGCCUGGCUAUGGGUUUAGAGGGCGUGGGGGUAGGGCUAGAAGGAGGCGAGAGUGAGAGGAGAGUUACUGGCCCGGUCGGAGGAGGAGGGAAGGGCUCCACGUGGUCUGGCGUGUGCACCGUGAUCCUGGUGGCCUGCGUGCUGCUCUUCCUCCUGGGCAUUGUACUGCACAACAUGUCCUGCAUCUCCAAACGCUUCACUGUCAUCUCCUGCGGCUGAGGGCAGGGGGAGGCUGCUCGGACUGCUGCAGACCCCCCUGGAUUCCCCCACUAGCCCUGCUAACCUCCUCAAGGCAGGACUCUGCUGUGGAGGGGCGAUUAGACUCACAUCAUGGGCAUCCAAGGAAACUACAGAGCAACGUAGAGAGACACAGAUGAAGACGACGAGGGCAAGAAGGAGAAUCACACAUGGUCUGCCGUUAUGUCCCAGUUCUUUUAUUUGGGAGACUGAAAUUAAAAUGGAAACACACGAAAAAACCUUCACUUUCCUCUCGUCCAACAGCACUCUGCUGGUCCUCCAACUCCCACCCUUUUCCUGUCCUUCCAUUUCCUCUGAAAGAACGCUUUGGGAAUUACUCCAGAUCUGUUUUUUGGACCAGCUGAUACGUUUUUGGCCGGGGGACCGGUCUGACACUCACUCGCACUCAGUGGUUGGAUUGCCUGUUUAGUCUGUGGUUUGUAGAAGUACAUCAGUUGUCAUAGUGUUGUUUAGAUGAGUGUAGGUUCCAAGUGUGGUGUCUCCAGCUGGUGCUGCAGUACAGAGAGUCCGGAGCUGGCUGCUCUCCAUUCUCUGAUGCUGCAGGAAUUAACUGUGCAGGAUCCACGUCCCAUCUGAGUCGCCUGAGAAACUCAGAAUCAACACAGCUUUUACUUUCUCUUUCUUUUUUUUUCACAGACAAACUGUGUGUGUGAUGGUUCCAUGUUGUCAAAAAAUACGAAACAUGGUCUGUAGUGUUCAUACAGGCCAGCAUAUUAUUCAGCUGAGUGAAAAACGUAAAAUAUAAAUUACUGCUGAAAUUAUCUGUUGAUUGGAAAAACCUGAUUCAUAAGCAAAAUUGCCAUUUGAUGGUUCCCGCUUCUUAAAUGUGAGAAUUUGUUGUUUUUUUCUGUUUUGCUAAAUGAAUAUCUUUGGAUUUUGGUCUGUUGGUUCAACAUCACCUGGCCUCCUGGCUCCAGCUCUGCAUUUAAUGCAGAUGUAAGAGAGUGGUAUCCGUUUUCUCAUCUACCUCUCUGCAGGAAAACCAAUAAGCCAAAAUGUCAGAAUAUUCCUUUAAAUAAAAACAGUAGAAAACUUGACAUUUGGCAGAAGCCUCCGUCAGGAAAGCAUUCUUGUUUUUAGUUUUUUCAGUGCAUCCAUUUGUUUGUGUUUUCCCACAGAUGCUCCCCCAGCGAUUACUAACUUGUCCAUGUGCUUUUCACCCUGACCUCCUUCAGACCACAAUCGUCCUCUGAAGACGGACUCUCCGGCUUAGAACAGGCCUUCGCCGGCAGCCCACAAACUAUCGACUCCUCAUCUUAAUACUUCCCUUAAUUUAGAACCUGGUGGAUAUAUGGGCUCAACAGUGCGAUGGUGUGUGUUUAUGUGUGUGAGCAGCGGGUCAGUAACGGGUCAGCAGUGGGCGGGCGCUGCAGGGCUGCAGUUAAUGACAGCUGUAUCGAUUUAUCUGCUUUUGAAUAUCUCUGGAAUCCGCAGAGAUGGAGGUUUCUCUUUGUUUUUUUUCACUUUCAUAUGUUGAGGCAAGCAGUUCGUCUGUUUACUGCAUCGUUACAGCACACGCAAACAGGGUGGACUCUUUUGUACAGCAGCCUCAUCGCGAACACAAUGAUUGUAAUUUUGUCUUUUUCUGAUAAUUUUCUUUUGUUGACAUGUUUUCCUUCUGAUCUGAGAUUAGCGAGCGCGCUCGUGUGUCCGCUCUUUAAGAAACGUGGCAGGUUAUUAGUUGGGUUCAGGGCACUCAGAGUUGGCAUGACACACCACACAGUGACACAACAUGAGGAGAGAAAGGAAAAAACAAUGCUUGUAAACUGCACCAAUGUGUUUCAUAUAAACAUAUAUAUCUAUUUGUUCACUUAAAAAUUAUUCCUUGAUUAAUUUAACGUCUUUUGAGGAUCCAGUCAUUCACUGUUAAAAAGGAGACUUUAAAAGUUACAGGAACUUUGAUUUUUGAUCGGCAUCAUUUUACCACCUUAAACCAAAGUCUAAAGUUUCCUCCCAGCUGUAUUCCUUAAAAUUAAAAAACACAACUUUUCUUUGAUUUUGUUCAAACUGGCUAUUUUUUUUUAUUAUUUGGUUCAACAUCACAUCUCAGCGUGAUUCACCACCUGCCACCAAAGCAAAGUCUGAGAUUUCCUCCCUCUUAAACACAAACGGACGCUGAAAUCAGACUGUGAUCAAAACAUACUUCAGCCAUUUUGCAGCUCAAGGCUUCCUGCACAUGAAUAUUCUUUUGAAAAGGCGUUUGGACCACAACAGGGCAACUGUUUACUUUGCAGAUGCAGCGAGAGGCUGAGCUAAGUUCAGCUGAACUGGUUCAUGUGGGACAUGUUGCUGCUGUUGCUGUGAGAAUGUGCUGGGAACCCUUUUGAAGUUCGGUGCUCCUUUGCUCAGAGUGUGAAAUAUUUUUAGCUCCUCGCUCUCAGCGCUCUGUGAGCUCUAAUAAAAAAAAAAAGAAAAACUUGGUAAUUUCUCAGCACUUGAGGUUGAAGUGGUUUCUCUAACAGGGCUUCACCCAAGAUAACUAACACCCGAGAGAUACAGGAAAUCCCUCCAAAAUAAAGUAGAUUCUCUGUCACUGUCACUAUUAUUAAGACUGAAAUAAAACAUACUUUGUAAGGAGCUUAUGUUGUAAAUAAUGUAUUUAUUAAUGCCUGAUUGAUCAUGAAUUAAUGCAUAGUUCUGUAAUAAGCCACUUAAAGAGCUCAUAGGUUGCCAGGUUGUGGAAAUUUUUUUCAGGUGGUGGAUAUAGUCCUCUAUUUUUAAUAACAUAAUAUAAUAAUAACAACAAGAAUAAUAAUAAAAUAAUACUUUAAAUCAUCCAUCAUUUACCUGGCACACAAGUUAUCAAUGUGUUAUUACUGAUCUAUAAAGCGUUAAAAAAUGUUUCAUUAAGUCUUAAGUCAUUAGUUACAACAAACCCCAUGUUAGAAAAAAAAAUAUAGAUUUAAUAAAUGUUUUAUGCACUUUAACGUAGCUGUAAGCAGAUAUUCAGACAUGAUUUAGUAUUUGUCUACAAUUAUAACUCAUAAUCCCAUGAAGACAUAUUUUACAUUAUUACAUCUGUACUUUGCUUUGUUGCUGUUCACUAUAUUAUAUAUUCAUUAUACACCAGCCGCCACUUACUGGUGCCUGAAGUCACAAUUGUUGACAAAUGCACUUUUGAUCACAUAUCUGCUUACAAUUACAUUAUAUCGUGUUAGAAACAGUUUAUUAAUGAGAAUAUACUUUUCACUGAAGCAAGAUUAAAGUAAAGUGUUAUCAAAAAGUCGUACUAAUACAUGUUUGAUCUUACAGUUUUAGAGUAUUUCCAUUGGGAAAGUGAAUAAAAAAAAAAAAAAAAUCAAAGUAUAAAGAGUUAAUUGCCAGAUACUCAGUCUUAAGUGUUCAUUGUGGGAUUUUACACUCACAAGUACAGUACAUCACACACAAUGUGCUCCACUGUGACCCUGAGGGGGUGUGCGGAGAAUACACAGCUCCACGCUAAAUUAUUCUAAACACAUUUUAGAAAUUGGAUCGAAGCAUACAAACACAACAGUCUGAAUGAGUGUGAACAGCUGGAACAUGCUCCUGCUGUUUGUCACAUGCAGGGUUCACUCCAUCCAUGAUAAAUGAACCUCUCUUAAGUCUCUUCCCUUCACCAAUCCAUCAUGAAUGAGGCGCCUCACAUGAUGCAGCGGGGGGAUGGAGAAACAAAUCAGCCUUGUUUGUUCUUUUUUCAGCCUGAUACAUUUAAAAAGAAAAAAAAAAAGGAAAUAUGUGGCAACUGAUUUAAAAAUGGUAGAAGCCUGUUUAAUAAUCCCAGUGUUGGAUUCACACUUUU